AUGACCGUGUGGCCCUUCUACAGGAUCAAAUGGAACGAUUGUUUCGUGAAAACGACCGUUUGCAACAAGCUCUAUCUACCCCGGCCCAACCCGCACCAGCCCUGCCGGGCCAGCCGGCCCCAGCCCUGCCGGGCCUGCCAGCCCCAGCCCUGCCGGGUCAACCAGCCCGAGCCCUGCCAGGCCAGCCAGCCCCAGCCCUGCCGGGUCAACCAGCGCCAGUUCUGCCGGGACAACCAGCACCAGCCCAACUGGGCCAACCAGCUCCCGGUUUACCAGCUCCCGGGGCACCUGUGUUGCCAGCUUUUGGAGCGCCUUUCCUGCCGCCUCCAGGGCAACCGCCUGCUCUCCUGCCUGUGCAAUGGAAGCAACCUCGGUUGUGUAGAUCCUUGUGGAAGUUCUCCUUGCAGAAACAGAGGGGCCUGUUCCCCUGUACGCGAUCUGUGUUCUUACCAUUGCUCCUGCCCUGCAGAAUUCACGGGGGAAACCUGUGAAGUGGCAAAAUGUUUUGAUGAAAGCCUCUAUGAGUAUUUUGAGCCUGGAGAAAGCUGGGCCAGGAUCUAUCAAGGGAUCGUGCAAGAAUGUACCUGUGUACACAGUCGAAUUGAAUGCCAGCCUGCCCCAUAUACAGAUUGCACCACCAGCCCCUGCCUCCAUGGCAGUCCCUGCAGGAAGAUCAUCUCCACUGGGGAAACUGUCUGUGGGUGUCAAAAGCCCCUGGGGGGAAGAGACUGCAAUAUCGUUCCGAGCCAGCGGUGCUAUCAUGGGAAUGGGACAAGCUACAGGGGCGUCAUAAAGAAGACCACUUCUGGAGACCAUUGUUUGCCGUGGAAUUCAGACUUUCUUUACCAAGAGCUUCAUUCAGACAUGGUUGAAAAUUCUGUGCAACUGGGAUUGGGACCACACUCCUACUGCAGAAAUCCAGAUGGCGAUGUGAAACCCUGGUGCUACGCUAUUAAAGAGAACACCGUGUCUUGGGAUUACUGCAACGUCACAUUAUGUGCGAACAGGAGAAGAAUAUCUCCUCCCACCCCAGACAUCGUUGAAGAGUUUGCUGUCAUCAGAAGAUCAUGUGGGAGAAGACAUCGGAAGCGGAGUUUCAUUAGACCGAGGAUUAUGGGAGGGUCUUCUGCAUUGCCAGGAUCACAGCCUUGGCUGGUAGCCAUAUACAUGGAUGACAAUUUCUGUGCUGGCAGCCUUAUCCGUGCUUGUUGGGUCCUGACAUCUGCACACUGCUUCGCUAACAGCCCACCGAAGUCAACAAUCCGGGUUGUUUUGGGGCAGUAUUUUUUCAACAAAACAACAGACGUUACUCAAGAAUUUGAGGUGGAGAAGUACAUCAUGUUUCCUGAUUACACAGUUUACAACCCAACUGAAAACGAUAUUGUUUUGGUGAAACUAAAGAAGGCCAAUCAGCGCUGUGCUGUGAAGUCCCAGUUUGUUCAGCCAGUCUGCUUGCCAGAAAAUGGACUGACCUUUCCUGAUAAUUAUAAAUGUCAAAUUGCAGGAUGGGGCCACUUGCAUGAAAAUGCAUCCAGCUAUUCUAGAUCAUUGCAAGAAGCAAUCAUUCCUCUCAUUGCUGAUAACAAGUGUCAACAUUAUGAUGUGUAUGGAACUGAUAUUAGUGAAAAUAUGUUUUGUGCUGGUUAUCUCGAUAGCAAAUCAGAUGCCUGCCAGGGAGAUUCUGGAGGGCCACUAGUCUGUGAAAAGGAUGGAAUAUCUUACCUGUAUGGUAUCAUCAGCUGGGGUGACGGCUGUGGCAGGGCAAAGAAGCCUGGUGUUUAUACAAAAGUGACCAAAUAUUUGGACUGGAUCAACCAGAAAACAACUCCAAAAGAGCAACAGUAG